GAACUAAUUACAUAAGAGUGCAAAAAAUAAGAAAUUGUACUUCAGUAGACCUCUAACAAAAAAAUUAACGGUGGAUUAGGUUAAGAAUAAACUAAGAGUAAAUAAAGUGCAGUACUUUGGUUAAUAAUUGGUAUACGGGAUUUUUUUAAUGAGUAUGUGUGUAAUUGAAGACGCACUUAUUUCAUAUUUGCUUAGUUCGAAGUAAUUUAAAAUUAGUAAUAAUUAAGAAAGCGUUAACGACUUAAGCCAACUUAAGCAAAUCAGUUAGUUCAUAAACCAACAAAAAAUAGUGUUUGAAAUCGUAGAAUGACAGUUAAUAAAGUGUAACAAAUUAUUUUGUUAAGUCCCAACUAAAAUGUCUAUUAAAAGUGUGCAAAAUAAAUCUUUGGAAAUGGAAAUCGGUACUCAUAGUGAGAAGGAAAAUAAAGAUCCUUGCGAUAAUACUCAAGUAGAGCAAAAUAACGAGAAAUCGAACAUCGAUGCCAACUUAUACCUUUAUGACGAUGAAUUGGACACCAGACCACACGUAUCAACAUUUAUAUCUUCACUCGCCAAUUAUGAAAACACCAUACCAUCAGCAACUGACCCGGAUUCGAAAACGGCUGCACCUGCAGCUCGUAUGGGUACAUUAAUCGGAGUUUUCUUGCCAUGUAUUCAAAACAUUUUUGGUGUUAUCCUGUUUAUUCGACUUACGUGGGUAGUGGGAACCGCUGGUGCAGUAUGUGGAUUUUUAAUAGUAUUAACAUGUUGUUGUGUGACCAUGUUAACAGCAAUCUCCAUGUCAGCAAUCGCUACAAAUGGAGUGGUGCCUGCCGGUGGAAGCUAUUUCAUGAUUUCGAGAUCGUUGGGACCAGAGUUCGGUGGCGCGGUGGGAAUGUUAUUUUAUACAGGAACUACGCUGGCAGCUGCUAUGUACAUUGUGGGUGCCGUAGAAAUUGUACUGACUUAUAUGGCGCCGUGGGCAUCAAUAUUUGGCGAUUUCACCAAGGAUCCGGAUGCAAUGUAUAAUAACUUCAGAGUUUACGGAACACUGCUUUUGCUUAUUAUGGGUUUGAUUGUGUUUUUGGGUGUUAAGUUUGUAAAUAAAUUCGCAGCGGUCGCUUUAGCAUGUGUAAUAUUCUCUAUAAUAGCGGUGUAUAUUGGAAUAUUUGACAAUAUUCACGGAAACGAAAAACUUUAUAUGUGUGUCCUUGGAAAAAGGUUACUUAAAGAUAUUCCAAUAGAUAAUUGUACUAAAAGUGAUACACUCUUGUCGGACCUGUAUUGCAAUGAUAAUGGGUGCGAUGAAUAUUACACAAAUAAUAAUGUUACCAAAGUCAAAGGUAUCAAGGGUCUUGCUAGUGGCGUGUUCUAUGAGAACUUAUUACCAUCGUUUUUGGAAAAAGGUCAACUUAUAGCUUAUGGCAAAAAUACAGUUGAUAUUGAAAAUAUGGCACCAUCUACUUACAAUCAGAUAAUGGCUGAUAUAACGACUUCGUUUACAUUACUUAUUGGAAUAUUUUUCCCAUCAGUAACAGGCAUAAUGGCGGGAUCUAAUAGGUCUGGAGAUUUGGCGGAUGCUCAAAAAAGUAUCCCGAUAGGAACUAUUUGCGCUAUUUUAACAACAAGUACUGUAUAUUUAUCAAGUGUCAUGUUAUUUGCGGGAACCGUGGAUAAUCUUCUCUUACGAGACAAAUUCGGACAAUCUAUAGGUGGUAAACUAGUAGUUGCAAAUAUAGCAUGGCCAAAUCAAUGGGUAAUAUUGGUUGGCUCAUUCUUAUCGACACUUGGUGCUGGAUUACAAAGUUUAACUGGCGCACCUCGUCUACUGCAGGCCAUAGCAAGAGAUGAAAUCAUUCCAUUUUUAUCACCGUUUGCGGUUUCUUCUAAACGUGGCGAACCUACAAGAGCCUUGCUUUUAACAAUUGUUAUAUGUCAGUGCGGAAUAUUAUUGGGUAACGUUGAUCUACUGGCACCUUUAUUAUCUAUGUUUUUCCUUAUGUGUUACGGAUUUGUGAAUCUUGCUUGCGCUGUACAAACUUUGUUACGAACACCAAACUGGAGGCCACGAUUCAAAUUUUAUCAUUGGGGAUUGUCAUUAGUUGGUUUGACUUUGUGCAUAUCAAUAAUGUUUAUGACAUCUUGGUACUUUGCCUUGAUUGCGAUGGGAAUGGCAAUAGUUAUAUAUAAAUAUAUUGAAUAUCGUGGAGCCGAAAAAGAAUGGGGAGAUGGAAUCAGAGGAAUGGCAUUAACAGCUGCCAGAUAUUCGCUAUUACGCUUAGAGGAAGGUCCACCACACACCAAAAACUGGCGCCCACAAAUUUUAGUGCUGUCAAAAUUCAAUGACAACUUCAUGCCGAAAUACAGAAAAAUAUUUGCUUUUGCAACUCAACUUAAAGCUGGGAAAGGCUUAACAAUAUGUGUAUCGGUUAUUCAGGGUGAUCAUCAUAAAAUUACAAAUAGAGCUGUGGAUGCCAAAGCGGCUUUGAGAAAAUUAAUGGACGAUGAAAAAGUGAAAGGUUUCUGUGAUGUAUUGGUUUCACGAGAUAUAGGGGAGGGCUUAAGUUCUGUAAUUCAGACAAUAGGCCUUGGAGGUAUGAAGCCAAAUACAGUUAUAAUUGGGUGGCCCUAUAGUUGGAGACAAGAGGGUAAACAAAGUUGGAAAACAUUUAUACAAACCGUUCGAACAGUAGCUGCGUGCCAUAUGGCCCUACUAGUUCCAAAGGGAAUAAAUUUCUUUCCAGAAUCUAAUCAUAAGAUUGGAGGCAAUAUCGACAUUUGGUGGAUUGUACAUGAUGGAGGUCUCCUUAUGUUAUUACCUUUUCUGUUGAAACAGCAUCGUACUUGGAGAAACUGCAAAUUGAGAAUUUUUACAGUCGCACAAAUGGAGGAUAAUUCAAUUCAAAUGAAAAAAGACUUAAAAACUUUUCUAUAUCACUUACGAAUUGAGGCCGACGUGGAGGUUGUGGAAAUGAUGAACAGUGAUAUAUCUGCCUAUACAUAUGAGAGAACAUUGAUGAUGGAACAGAGAAAUCAAAUGUUGAGGGAACUGCGUUUGAAUAAGAAAGAAAACUCUAAAAUAGUACAGACUCUAGUGGAUUUUAAGGAAACCACCGGGGAUGAUAAGUUACCUUUGGUUCAGACAAUUGUUGAUCAUCAUCAUGAUGCAACGAAGACCUCUUCAAAAGUUCGAUUUGCAGAUCCAACCGUUAAUGUAGAAGAAAAACAUGAAAACGAGGCCGAUGGGGAUGAAAAAGCGAAGUCAAAAGAGGCUGAAACCGACUCACUAGAUGCUAAAUUGGAUAAUGGAUCCACACUACAUACUGUAGAAAAAGGACAAAGUGAAGACGAAAAGCCUGAAAAAAAUAUUUUAGGCGGAAAUUCGAACACAACCUUGAAACCUGAUGAAAUUAAUGUUCGCCGAAUGCACACGGCAGUUAAGCUAAACGAGGUUAUUGUAAAUAAAUCACAAGAUGCCCAACUUGUCAUAAUGAAUUUACCUGGACCUCCGCGGGAAUCUAAAAUCGAUCGUGAAAGCAAUUAUAUGGAAUUUUUAGAGGUUCUUACCGAGGGUCUAGAAAAGGUAUUAAUGGUGCGGGGAGGAGGUCGCGAAGUAAUAACAAUAUAUUCUUAAGUCAUACAUAUAUAUUUUAAAUCUUGUAACAUUUUGGUAAAUCAGGCAACUACCAAUAUCAAUCAAUUCAUAAUUAUUUUUAGCAUGUAAAUCAAAAUUUAUAUUUUGUAUUCAAAUACAAAAAUGAAAUAAAUUCUUUGUUACAACCAAAUAA